CUAUUUAUAACCUGAAGAAGCUCUUUACUGCUUUUGGCUUAACACUGAUGAGUUGGGUCUGCACACUGGUGACAGUCCUUACAGUGGCAGCAUUUGUCUCCGUCAUUGGACGGUCUCUUUCUUGGUACACCCAUUUCUACGUGUCUGUGUUUCUGUACGGCAGUGCAGCUGCAGCUACAAUCAUUCUUGUGCAUACCCUAGCCAAGAAGUUUUUCUACAAGAAUGUGAGUGAGCAGUACCUGGGAGAUACUUUUUAUGAUGCCUCGUUGAUGAUUUGGUCUAUAGCAUUGGCUGUGAUUACUCAGAUGGGCCUUUGUUCAGCGUUCAUUUGUACUUUGUGGGUAGCAUUUACUUUAUUCACUAAGCUGAUGAUCCAUAAAGAAUUCAGCCAAAGAGGUGCUACAGUGAAGUUUCUCAUGAUGUACAUGCUGGGAAUGUUCGUUCCUUAUUUGUAUAUGAUGUAUCUUAGCUGGGCUGUAUUUGAAAUGUUCACACCUAUCAUGGGACGAAGUGGUUCAGAAAUCCUACCAGAUGUGGUGUUGGCAGGAUUUAUUGUGGUCAUGACUCUGAUUCUGUCAUCCUGUUUUAUUAACUUCGUCUACCUUGUCAAAAGCACAAAAACGACACUAAUAACUUUAACUACUGUGUCUGUAGUCACUCUGAUUCUCGUCUGUGGUGGGAUCUUCUUUCCUUACAGUUCUGAUGCAGCUAAUCCAAAACCUAAGCGAGUCUUUCUCCAGCACACAGUCAGAAGAUUUCAUGAUCUAGAUGGAAAUGUGGUUAAAAGUGACUCUGGUAUAUGGAUUAAUGGAUUUGAUUAUAACGGAAUAUCUCACAUAACUCCCCAUGUACCUGAAAUCAAUGACACCAUUAGAACUCCGUGUGAGGAGCAGGCUCCUUUCUGUGGCCUUCCUUGGAUUCUGCCAGUGCAUUUCAUGUUCCGGAAAAACUGGUAUCUUCCCGCUCCAGAAAUUUUUCCAAGAAGCCCUGUUCUCUUUAAAGUUCUGUCCAAGGAACUGAUGCCCCAGAACUCUGUGAGGUUAAGCUUUGAAGUGUCUGGUCCAAGUCACAUGUCUCUCUAUGUUCGGCCACAUAAAGGGUCGGCUCUGUCCACCUGGAGUCUCGGGGAUGGUGUGCCAGUUGCUAGCCUAGGAGGGGACUACUUUGUGUUUUACUCCCGUGGGCUGCAGGCUACACCGUGGCACUUCUGGAUAGAACUGACGGUGAGUUGGAAACCCAGUGAUCCCUUGGUCUGCUCUGUUGUCACCAUUUCUGCUUCC